GCGCUUUGACGUUUGGUUGUUUGGUUCCUGUUACUCGUGAACAUGUAGUAGAUGCCUGCUAUACAUCGUUUGUAGAGAAGACCGUUCUUGACAAUUAAGAAGAAUCUAAACAUGAUUUAAUAAUAAGAUCAAACACAAGACUGUUUACUGACUGACAAUGGCUGAAGGCGGUGAUCCAAAGGACCGGGUGGAAGGCAUGGAAGAUGAUGAAUAUGUCGAGGAUCGUAAGAAAACACAGGAUUUUUGGGAUACUGUUAGGAAAGUCAUGCAGCAGCAGCAAGCCCUACAGGUUUAUGAUGACCAAGGGCCGAUUGUGACCCUGCCACAGUUGGUCAAGAAAUGGUCCUCUCACAUAGACGACACUAUCGAUGGUGUGGGAGAAGCAUUUCCUUCUAGAGACUCACCACAAGAAGAAAUUUGUAGUCCCCCUCCACCUUCAGAAAUGUCACCUGAGGAUUUCCAUCCACCUCCUUAUUCUAAAUCGAGACCUCCCCCACCCCUAUAUCAUGAACUAGAUAAACCAAAGCUCCCCUCAGAGUUUGGUCACACGUAUGGAAAAAGCCCCAAGAGGAAGUACUUAUAUACAGAUCCUGAGACCCCAGAGGUGGAAGUGGAGCUGAUCCAAGUUGCCCCUGUCGCUACCAUGACGGAAAUGCCUCCAAGGAGGACACAAUAUAUGGAAACCUCCAUCAGUGCAGGGCCUACAAGGGAGUCCUACAGGAGACCCUCGCUGGAUGCUGCUGUGAACCUGAGCCGCAUUCCUGGAAGGGCCUCUCCAGAGGUGUUCGCUGACACAGAGAUAGAUGAUCUUCCGCCUGGUGUGGAGGACAAAAAUCCACCACCUCCAACACAACUAGCUACUGUUAGAAGGGAUGAAGCUGCAAGGGACGUGGAGUCAGCAAGAACCAGGGAAAGUGAGACCUACGAGUGCACGUCCUGUGGCAGGUUUAACCAUGUGGCUACCAGGGUCGGCCGAUUCUUUUUGCGACAGAAGGAACACUCUACAGGUCGUUUCCUGUUGUUGGUUGGAGCCAUUGUCGCUUUCCUGGGAAUCGUCGUUUUCCUGGGGGUGUUCCCCAACAGUUUUGUAUAUGUGGAACACUAUGAGAUUGCCCUGCUGAAGAACACAUUCACUGGAGCUGUAGACCGGAGUGUGACAUACUACCCUGGCUGUUAUGUGCUCGGGCCUGAGAGGGAGUUUGUAAAGUUUCCUGGGUCAGCGGUAUUUGUAUCGCUGACCGAGGCAGUCUUCACCAAGGACAAACUGGAAAUCACCAUCACCUUCCACUUCCAGUAUUUCAUCAGACCAUCUGAGCUUGGAGAAUUACACAGAAAGUUUGGCACAGACUACAAGGAAGUCAUUGAGAGUGUCAUCAGGAGUCGCGUGAAGAAUUCUGCAAUCUAUCUCAGUGUGGAUGAGUUCCGCUUCAAUAGGACCUAUAUAGAAAAGAAAUUCUUCGAUAUCGUAAAAUCACGUCUACAGGGUACCUGUUGCCCUGACUGCUGUCCUAGCUGUACCAACGCGACGGUGUGUAGUGUGUGUGACACAUCUUCCAUGUGUGAUCCUAUCUACCACGUUGAUGUCCGCUACUUUCAGCUGUCGGCAGUGGUUAUUGAUCCUCAGGUGUCUGAGAGAUAUCUCCAAUCCCUACUUCUCAAGGUAAAUGCUGAGAAAGAAUUCUUUAGACAGAACCACACAGUGCUGGUGAAACAGACAGAGCAACAAGUGGAACAGAUAAAAAACAAAGCCAAUGAGAUGGUGAGGGCAGGUGAAGCUGAGGGUGCUGCAACUUUGGUAGUAGCCGAGGCGAACAGGGAGGCAAACAUUACCACUAGUUAUGUGGCCGCGCUGUGGACUAUGUACACCCGACUAGGCAUCACAGAUAUGGACCACAAGCUGUCUCUAAUGAUGGUUCGGGCCCUGGAGGAUGUUAAUGUCAAGGGCAAUUUAUACCGGGGUUAUCGCUAUGCCAACCAAACCCAAACUUUCGUGACCCCAUCAGGGUAGUUAAUCGGAAAUGGUUGGAAAAAAAUAUCAUCCCUUGCAAGGAUCUGAAACAUUAAAUACUGAAGAAGGUUCUUAUAUUAUAGAGGAAUAUUAGUUAUUUAAGGAACGGGGCUUACUUUAUACUUCAACAGAUAGACUAUCACUAAACCAUUCAGGUUUAAGGCUCUGUAUACUAUAUAUGUUUACAAACAUACCAAUCAAACUAUGCAUUCCUCAGGACCCCAGUAAAGCUGAGUAAUACCUCAUGGUUACAAUGAAUGUUGACUGGUCUCUGCUUACAUUUUUGUAUCCCAUACACAUAAAUAACAAAUGUAUUUCUUAAUUGUGUAUGUCUUUUAGAAUAUGGUUGGAUUUUUGCCCUUUUUCUAUAACAUUACACAAACAAACAAAAUUGUAUCUGAUGUUUCGAAGUUGUUGGUUGAAGACUGUUUUAUAUAUAAUAAACAUGUAUAUAUAGGUUUAGGGUAGAGUGUACGCUGUGAUUUCUUCAAUGGUGGACAAAUCUGGUCCUCGGCCCUUCCUCUAGAUACCGGAAAGUAUGCCGGGCGAUUGAGCCUGUUGUCAUUUAAUCUGACUAUGUAUAAGUAUAUGUAAUAACUGUAGUCGAAUAUGACUAUUUACACAUGAGUUGAAUUUUUCGUAACAUUAUGUAAUAUAGCUUGUUAUUUAUUUGCCCCAAAAGACUGAUUUCUUUGUCCUUAUCCCUUGGCUGUUUUCGUUCAUUGCAAUUUAAAUGGUUGAACUGGUUGGACCAGAUUUGUUCGUUUAUGAAAUAAGGUCUAACCGAGUAAGCGGACGUACCGGUUCUUCUGCAUAAACGAUUUUUUGUGAACAUUCUGUGAUAUUCCGAACAAACGAUCCUGUACCUCAUGUUAUUCCUCUAGUUAUGAAGAAUUCAUUACAUAUUUUUUGUUAAAUAUUUUUGUGGUCAAGGAAACAAUGCAUUAUGUUUUUUUUUGCAUUUUGUACCAUUUUGUGUAAAAGGGGAGGAGGAUGCCUGUUAGACCAAUAAGCUGAUGUUAAUCCAAGAUGUUAGCUUUAUCCAAAAACUGGUAAAGUAUUAGAUGUGUCACAUAAACACAAUCUACAGUCUUGUUGUGAUGAGAGAAUCACUUGAGAUUUUUUUUUUUUAUGUAAACUUGAUUUCUUUUACAACUUAUAUUAAUCACUUUUGAGAUUUCUUCUUGUAGUAAAUGUCUUCUAGAAAUAAAUAGAGAGAGGGAGGCAGAGAGACGCAUUUUUCUGACUCUCCACUCAUAAUUAUGUUCGUGCAUGGGCCCAAUGUUUACAGUAACCAAUAACUACAUACAACGUUUGUAUAUAUCUAGGAGCUCCCCUCCCCACAUAUCAUAUACAUAUAUGGAAUGUUUAUGGAUAUUUGUAUGUUUUACACAAACCAGAAAUCAUUGUAUAGUAUUCUUUGUAUACAUUGUGUACUAUUUUGUUAUCAUGAUUCAAAGCUCAAUACAUAUUGAUAUGUUGCAAUACUUUCACAAAUAACUCUAUAUGAUAUUUAUUUAAACUUUCUUUUACAAAAGUAUAUUGAUGUGAUAACGCACAUAUAUAUUUAUAUGUUGAAUAAGCUGUCAAAUAAUGUUUGAUUUCAAACUUUAUCUUAUAAAGUAUCUUAUAGAUAGUUUUAGCAGGAAAAGUAAGUACUCGUAUACCUUGGUGAUUUCAACACCGGGCAAAUUUGUAUUGAGAAGCCAGAGAGUAAAAAUUUAGUUCUGCUUGGUGAAUAUAUUACCACUCACAAUAUAUCAUUAUGGUUUUAUUAGUACCAGCAAAAUGACCUUUGCAUGGAAUAUUCAUAUCACACAAUUGCAUUUAUCUUUAACUAUGCCUACCUAUUCAUCGUCCAGAUGAAUUGAGUACAUCUGUUUCACCUGUUACUUGAGGAAUAGAUAGACCUAUAUUCAGUGUAAGAAUAUUCGGUAUUAAUACGCUCAAUGAUUGUCAACACGACAGGUCAAUGCGGUCUGACAAACUAAUUGGUGGACAAAUCAAUGUGCCUUUAUGUGGAAUCCAUCUUUAUACAAUUGAUGACAAAGACAUUUUAUUGUUUUAUUUGCAUCAAUAUGUUGAAUCACAUUUAGUUGAAAUAACAAAAUAUUGUGUUAAGAGUCCCCUUUCUUUAUGUAGAAUAUUUUGCAUACUUAGUAAUAGUAUUUACACAUGAAAAUUAAGGUUGUUUGAUUUUACACCAGCUGUAGUGACCUAGAAGUUUACGGUUUUCAGUUUCUGUAGCCAAUUGUAUUUUUACCGUCACAACGGAACUUGCUGUUUCUGAUUUAGGUGUUAGCUGUGAAUAUACCUGCUAUAGUAUUUUUGGAGUUUAACUUUGGAGAAAUUAUAGUCAAAGUUAGUGCUUCUUAUUGAAAUAGUUUUUGAGUUCUUGUAGAAGUGAUAAGCAAAUUUCAUAUGCAGGUUUCUCAUUGAGAUUUCCACUUUGUUAUCACUAUUUCUGAAGAAGUACCCAACAGAUCUUACUCCAAUUUUAUUUGUAUGUUUCCCAUUGUUAAUGGUUGUGCAUGUUUGAUUUUCUGACUGAUUGACGAAGAAAAAAAUGGCAGCAAGUUAGCCAUCUUGGAUUUUGACAGUUUAUGUUUCUUAUUGCUAUUUUUCAAGAAAUAAGGCGUGACCUCACUUUGAAAGAACUCAUAAAUCAUGUAUUUUGAAAUUUAAAUCAAAAGUUACAGCAAGAUGCAUUUUAGCACUAUAAAUCCAGCAGCUAAUAGAAAAAAUGAAGGGAAAAGAUCAAACUUCUGGGUUAUGAAGAUCUUACGAUGGUAGGUGCCAAGAUCCGUCUUAGAUCUCUUGUUGAACUCACCCUGUUGUAAACCCGUUAUACAGAGGGUAGGUUUUGAAAUCCAUUGUUAUUGUGUCCCUGGAAUCCUCAUCAUGUCAUGUUUUCAUUGAUUGCCUAACAACCCAUCAACAAUAAAGCCAUGAAAGCUAUUGUGUCAAUAACACUUACACGAUACACCUAAAGAAGCAGGGUGAUUAAAGGGUUAAAAUUGGCUUGCAUUUAUAUGCAGCAAAACAGUUAAUGAUGUAAUUGUCACUCAUACUUUGUUAUUUCAUAUCUUUUGUAAUAGACCAACUUCAGAUAAUGAUCAAAAGAUUCUUGACAAAUUGGUAGUACAAAGCAAUGUUUACAUGUAAGAGACAUGUUGAGACAAUUAUUAUAAUGUCUCUAGGUCGGCAUUAGUGAACCCACUGGGUUGUAUUGCAUCAAGUUUGUUAUAUCUUCUGACUAAACUGUCACUUUAUUUGUACAUUUCGUAUUAAAUGAUAACAAAGUACCUUCAUAUUGUUUUUUUAUGAAUCUAUAACAUGUUAUACACCUUUUGUAGAGUAACAAUUUGUUCCAUUGAUUAAGUAAAUUUAUAUUUUCUGUCUAUCCAUUUUGACUAAUAAAUGUGUUUUUAAUGAUG